AUGAUUGAUAUUCUCAACCUGAGGAAUGGAAUGGAAUAUAACCUACUCCUAAUCCAACAAAUCAACCUGAUGAUACAGAAGGAAGGAGAGGAGCAGAAGAGGUUUUAUGAUGUGAUCCAUGCUGCCCAGCAACAUAUAGACUCUAUAACCACAGUGUAUACGCUGGGAGUAUCCUGGCUUAAAGAUGAAACCGACUUUGCUCUGGGUUUAAUUCAAGAUAAUUCAACUUCGCCGUUUGAUUCUUCUUCUCAUUAUGCAACCUUUGAACCAAUUAAGGAAGAUGAAGAAAUAAAAAUAGAAAUUGGAACUUCAACCUUAGAUCAAUCUCAGAGCUCCGAUUCUCUUGAAUUAAUCUUAAAAGAGGAAUCUAAAGAAGAAAAGGAAGGAUCAAUUAUCUCUGUUACUAGAACAAGAUCAAACGAGAAAAAUGAAAUUUUGGUUCCUAGAUUUCCAUCUGAUGAAGAAACUGAUGGUCUGAAAAAAUUAAAGAAACAAAAUUCGUCUGAAAUUAAACUUUGUGAUCAGUGUGGGUUUUCUGGGACAAGAUUUCAACUUUACUGGCAUAAAAGACAUGUGCACCAAGGUCUCCGGUAUCCUUGUACACAUUGUGAAUUUAAAGCAAAGCGUAGAUCAUACUUAGUUUUACAUAUUCAAAGAAAGCAUGAAAACAUCAAAUAUUCUUGUGACAAGUGCACAAGUACUUUUACAGAUGAAGGAAAUUUAAAAAGACACUUUAAAAGUGUUCAUGAAGGACGAAGAUUGUUCUGUGAGUUCUGUGAUUAUUCCGCAAGUCAACAGUCUCAACUGAAAGAACACAUUGAUGGAGUUCAUAAAGGUAUAACAUACCCAUGUGAUCAGUGUGAAUAUAUUGCAACUAAAGCAAGUAGUUUGAGACUACAUAAAAACAAAAAGCAUAGUGAUGUUGUGAAACCUGUUAAAAAAUAUAAAUAUAAGCAGAAAUAUAAGAAACCUGAUGGCUUCAAAUUUCAAUGUGAUCAGUGUGGACAUUUAGCCAAGUCAAAGGACCUUCUAAACCUUCACAAACUUUCUCUUCAUGACCCGCAGAAAUAUCCUUGUGAUGAGUGCUCUUAUGUCGGAAACACACCUCUGUAUUUAAAAAAUCAUAAGAAAAUAAACCAUGGAGAACCAGAGAUGUUUCCCUGUGAUUUAUGUGAAUAUGCUGCACGCCAGAAAGUGCAUUUAAAGACUCACAAGGAAGCUGUUCAUCUUGGGAUCAAGUAUCAAUGUGAUCAAUGUGAGUUUGCAGGAUCUACAGCAGGCACUUUGAGACAGCAUAAAUUGGGUAAACAUGAUCUAACAAAACACCCUUGUGACCAGUGCGAGUUUGUAGCGACAACUAAGUAUGGACUAACAAAGCAUUUGAGAAAAAAGCACACAGAAUUUAGUAAUUAA